AUGGUCAAUCGCGACUUUUUCCUCGGGGCUCUCGUCGCCGCCUCCACCAGUGUCAUCGCCCAGGACUCUGGUUCUGAGAACAUCCGCUUUGGCAAUGCUUUCUCUCUUGGAGCCACAACCUCGUACAUAAUCGAAGCCGAAACGACCUUGUUUCCAGGCAAGACGCAGAGUGGCGAUACUCCCCGUCUUGCCCUCUGGCCUGGUAUGGGUACCGACGAAGACCAACUCAUCCAGGCUAUUGUCUUGGGCUCUACCGACGCUCAAGGCGAGCAAUGUGGUGGCAAGCCUCACGUUAGUGGUGAAUGGUGUGCUUUUGCGAGUGCGCUUCAGGAUGGCGUGCAACUCCAGGGUGACACUUUCCCCGUCAAGUCAAAUCAAGGUGUCAAGAUUCAUUACAAAUACGAUGAAGGCUCUGGCAAUACUACUCAGACUGUCUCGAUCGAGGGUAAGACGGUCUCGACAUUGUCCACUAGAUCCGGCAAGGCCAUUGGUUUUGGUACUGCUGAAGAGGCACAAAACGAAUUCCAGGGUGUGGUUCAUGAACACUCAUAUGUCAAUACCACUGUCGUACUCGCUGCAGCAGAUGAGCAGUUUGCUUCAACUCUGAGCAAAAAUGGCGCUGCCGGUAACCUCGUCACAAAGGAUAACAAGACAUUCAAGGUUGACAAGAUUACAAUUGCUGAGUACAGUUUUCCUGCCAGCGUGUAA